CCAUAGUCGAUUAUCUUGUACAUAGCAAGUUUUGAAUCAGAUAGUCUAGAAAAAUUUCUUUCAGUCUCAUUCAGCCCUUGAUCCCCUUUAGGCACUUCGUAAAAAAUUCUUUUGCAAAAUAAUGGAGAAAAUCUUUUCUGGAGUAUCCCGAUUCAAAACUUGUUAUGUGCAAGGUAAUCAACUAUAGAGAGUCCGAAUCUGCGAUCGGUUUUGGCUGAACACGCUUUUUAAAUUUCUCGAUUGAAUUUAUGUGUCUCUUGUUGUUACGUGUCUUCUCUUGCUAAUGAAAAUUGUAUUCGUGAAUGUAAACUAAAAAAUUAAAAUAAUGAAUUUUAAACGCGCUGCUGUAUUACUAAUCUUCGUAUUGUCUUUCACUAUUGUCCUUAAAUAAGUGUAAUGUUUAUACUUCUUCAAUCGUUUUUGGCAUUCGUAGCAGUUUUUUUUGGGACUUUUGUGGAAGUCCAUCGGAUCAUGUUGAAACACUUAAUGACUUGCAUUUUUAGUAUUAUUGUAUUGCUCAUGGGCCAGUUUCAUCAACAAUAAAGGGUUUAUUUCUACUAGUAUCAAUAAUCUAUUGGUGUUUAUUUAUGAUCUAUUUUGUUCCACCCAUACCACAAUCACAAUCCUAUCAUGAAUUUGCUGAUCAACGUUCGUUACAUCAUUUGAUCUCAGCAUCAUUUAUGCCAAAUAUUCCACAUGCACUUGAUGUUUUAUCAAAUAUACCCUUUUUAAUCAUUGGUGCAUAUGGUCUGUAUCUCUUGUUGUCACAUACAACAAUUGUAUUUUUCACAUCAUUUGAAAAAUUGGGUUGGUUAAUAUUUUUUCUAAGUAUUUGUUUCGUGUGCAUUGGUUCAUCCUAUUAUCAUUUAAGACCGUCAAAUGGUACAUUGGUAUGGGAUCGAUUACCAAUGACUGUUGGAUUCUCAUCACUUCUCGGUUUAUUAAUUGAUGAACGUAUCAGUCCAUUAUUAGGCAAAUGUCUUUUUCCAUUUUUGUUAAUUAUCGGUUUUGUAUCAUGUGCCUAUUGGUAUUAUAAAGAUGAUUUACGUCCAUACAUCUUGGUACAAUUUUAUCCGAUGAUUUAUAUCCCAAUUCUAUUAUUAAUAUCGUCGAAUAUAUACAGUCAUACAUCGUUUUAUAUUUACGCGUGUAUUCUAUACAGUAUGGCAAAAGUAAGUGAAGUUGCUGACAAACCGGUAUUUCGAUUGACAUUAAAAACAGUCAGCGGACAUACGUUAAAACAUUUAUUUGCUUCAUCAGCCAUUGCAGUCAUACUUUACAUGUUGAACGUUAGAGUUAUUUUAAAAGCUUAA